CCGGAGUUGACCCAGAAAAUAGGCACUCGUUUUAGGAUCUGAUGCGGCAGCCUUUUGUCCAAUUGCCUCUUGCACUACUAUGAAGCUUAACCUUUUGGAAUAUACCCUGUGAUCUAACGGAAGACUCGCAGCGCACCGAUAAUCGCGACGUUAUUUCUAAUAGCUGCGACAAAGUCAUUGAACUUUGUUAAGAGGUGAACAAGGGGAGAAGCAGCGGCUAAGAGAACAUGGCAGAGCAUAUGAUGAUGCCCAUGUCCCACGGCGGCACCAACGGGCCCAUGCACGGCUACCGCAUGGCCAUGAACGGAGCCAUGCAGCCCCCCGGACCUCCGCAGCAGCAGCAGCCCCAGCAGCACCCCGGCGGACCCCAGCCCGGCAUGAGGCAGCUCCCCAACGGCCAGAUGAUGCAGCACUACGGUGGGGGGCCGCAGGCCGGCAUGGAGGUCGCCAUGCGCCAGCGGCCCGGCAUGGUGGGCGCCAUGGCUGCUCAGAUGAACGGCGGGCCGCCCAUGGGGCACCACCAAAUGGCGGCGGGUGGCAUGAUGUACAACGGUCAGGGGCCUUCGCCUCAGCAGCAGGCCCAGCAGCAGCAGCAGCACCCUCACCAUCCGCAGCAGCAGCAACUUCUCCAUCACCACCAGCAACAGCAGCAUCACCUGCAUCAGCAGCAGAUGCAGCAGCAGCAGCAACAGCAGCAGCAUCAUCAGCAGCAGGUCCAUCACCAACAGCAACAACAGCAGCACCACCCGCAGCAACCACAUCCCCAGCAGCAGCAGCAGCAGCAACAGCAGCAGUACAUGGGCGGUGGAAGCAUCCCCACCCAGCAGCUCAUGGCCAGCAUCCACCUCCAGAAGCUCAACACGCAGUACCACAGCCACCCGGGCUUGGGUCACCUCAACGGGAACCCCAUGGCCAACGGCGGCGUGCAGUUCCGGGUGGGGCCGGCGCAGCUGGCCAGCAUGCAGCACAUGGGUGCCGCGGGCCAGGCGGCAGCGAUGGGACCGAGCGUGAUGGACCCGGACCUGAUCGACGAGGAGGUGCUGACGUCGCUGGUGGUGGAGCUGGGGCUGGACCGUGUGCAGGAGCUGCCCGAGCUCUUCUUGGGACAGAAUGAGUUUGACUUCUUCUCAGACUUUGUGAGCAAACAGCAGCCGAGUACGGUCAGCUGCUGAGAGACCCGAGAGACUAAGACUAAUCUGUGGAAUAUACAUGUGUUGUUUUUAUUUGGAGUUGGCAGGGGGUGGGGGGUGAUGGGCAGGAGAUCCGAGACCCCAAACCCACCCAAAGAUCAGGCAGGAGAUGGUUGACGUAGCAGGCACAGAGCUAAGGAGACAACAAUGCAGAGUAGUGGACCUUUUAAUGUCAACAACACUCUGGUCCUUGCUUGCUCUCUUCUCCAACUUGUGAUGGCCUGUGGAACCUUUAUGGCCUAUCUGCCUGCCACAUGCCCCCACAUCAAGGAGUGGGGUGACCAUUUGGAGCUCUAAAGAAAACAAAGAACAAGAAAAGAAACCAUGCCCCCUGGCAGCUGGGAGUGUGUACUCUUUUUUUUUUUUUUUGAGAAAAAAAAAAAAAAACAGCCCGGGCUGCAGUUUUGGACAGUUGGGACAUAAGCGUGGGAGUGGGUUGUGCCAGAGACCUGAAACUCUCACUGUUUCUUCCUCCUGCUGGAUAUGAAUGUAAAAUAGCUACAAAGUAAGGAGUCACUGCUGGGGGUCUUUUCUCUCCAAGUAGCCAGGCGACUCUUUUGUCUGUGGACUCUUUAUUGUCUGUUCCAGUCCUGCGGAUAUACUAGAGUCUUUUACUGCAAUUUUCAACAAUGAAAUGUAUUUAUUACCUUACAGUAGUUUUUUUCGCUCACAGACUCGCACUGUGAGAGACCAAGUCAGACGCCGGAGAGAAGCGAAAAACAAAACAAAGACGACGACACAAGAGGAUAUUACUGAACUUGAAAACAAAUAAGGUUUAUGGAAAGAGAGCUAUAUGUUUUCUAAAAGUGAUUUUGACUAAAUGUCACUUUCAGACGACUGUGUAUUGGGUCUCUUUUGUCAGGUUUUAAAACUGUCUAUUUGGGAUUGACUGUGGAAGUAUGUUUGUGUGUGUGUGUUAUAUGAAGAGGUGAAUGAAGUCAUGCGUUAUAGGGUUUCAUGUGCAGCAUCAGCAGCAAAGAAACAAAACAACAACAACCCAAACAAAGAACAAAACAUGUAAACAAAUGACAUCUGUUUGACUUUUUUUCCCUCAUGGGACUGCUUUGUCAUCCCCGGGCUUGUGAGUGAGAAGCUUGACUACCGGGCCGUCUGUAUCUCUGGGCCAUUGCUAAGAUACAGUAUGCCCUGUGGCUACCCAUAGUUCAGAGGGAAGGAGCAUUUCUCUCUAUCGCCUUACCACAGCAGCUGUUCCUAGAUCAGAAUGCACCGGCUCUUCAGAUCCUCUCAGAGCUCUGGCCAGGUUCGGGCCCUGGUCCUGAAUCAGUUUGUGGUGUGUCGGAAUCCUGGAUGUGGAGGAUCAAUAAAGAUGGCCUAGUUUUUUGAAGCACGGCCUCUUUUUUUGUUUGUUUUGGUUUUAAAUUCACCAUCGUCAUCAACACUUAACACCUUAGAGUCUGGAAGAAGAGUGGUGUAUUAUGCCAAAAUGCUGAGAGAUUAUUAGCUAUUGAGACCCUUGUCGGUGAGCGUGUCAAUAUAGUGGUCCAGAAAACGAAGAAAAAAAGCUUUAUAUUUUCAUUUCUUGUGUUGUGCUAUUUUAUUGGGAGGGGUCACCAUCAUGGCCUUUGGGCAAGAUUAGCCUCCUCUGUUAGACCAUCAUCAGAUGUGAUGUGUUCUCUCACGCUCUCUCUCUCUCUCUUACACACACAUACGCGUGCUGAACCACUGGGUGACCACUGCUGUUGAAAAAGUCAGAUCACUUUGACCAUUACCAGAACUCUUCCCACAUUGGAGAUGAACUUACACAGUGAAUGGAUUGGUCUUUUAAUGUAUUUUCGGGUUUAGUAAAAUGUCAAGGAAUCCUUAAGGUGUGUGUGUGUGUGUGUGUGUGUGUGUGUGUGUGUGUGUGUGUGAGAGAAAGAGAAAGAGAGAAUGUGUCGCCAUCAAUGCCCUGUUUUAAGGAAGCUAAGCACUCUAGUCGGCUAACGGCAAGUCUGAUGACAUGAUUGUUGUUUUUUUGAAAUGCUCUGUUUGGUUGCGCCAUUGUGCAUUGGUCCUUGUUCAUGCUCAGUCUGGCUGUCGUGUGGUGUAUGUGAUCUUUCUGAGUGUGGUCUCAUAGAGUUGAGUUGAGUGUGUCCUGUUCAGUUCUGGUAACGCAGUCCUUAUAGGGGAGAGAGUCUGGGGUGUGGGCAGAGGGAACCUAUUUAGUCUUCGACUUGAAGGUGAGCAAAGUCUGCCUUUUUAAAAUCUCAUUAAUGUGGCAAAUGAAAAUUGAGGAGAGGGCAGUUGAGCUGUAGCCCUCCCUGGUUUGAUCUGUGCUCACCUGGUUUAGCGUGCACACAUACACAUGCGCGCGCACACAGAAAGUUUUAACAGUGCUUUCUGAUCCCAGGAGGCUUUGCAGAGACGGCCUUCCUCCUCCUUCCGCCCAGUUUAGCCAAAGGGUUGGGGGGAGGAGGAGGCUAACAACAUGCGCCACACACCAACCACUCCAACUCGACCCAACUUCCCCCCCCCACUGAUCGUUUCCUGUUGCAUUGGGUGGGUGGGUGUGCAGGAAGUUGUGGAACGGAGUCAACAUGGGAUUCUUUUUUUUCUUCUUCUUUUGAAGCGUGGGGGUAGGCUGGCUCUAAGUGGCUUAAUGAGACUGAAGCCAGUGGCUAAAGGCUGUUUAGCAGUCAGACCCACUCCUCAAACUACAAACGUAUCACCCCCCCCCCCCCCCAGCAUCUCUGCUCAGAUCUUUCUCUCACUCAUUUGCUGAAAAUGUCUUCUCUCUCGCUCCCAUUCCAUCUUUCGCUUUUCGUCAUCUUGCCCCAUUUGCUUAAUCUCUCUCUCUGUCCGUUUUUGUGUAAAAUCUCUUCCCCCUCCAUCCUCUCCUCUCCUACCCUACGAACUCAUUCGGCCUGUCUGCGUGUCUAUCAUGUGUAAAAUCUUUCCUCUUCCUGUCCUCACCGUUGUCUGUCCUUGACCUCCUUCUCGGAAACGUUAAACAUCCACUUUCACCCGACCACCUCUGCCAGCACCCUUGCGG